AUGGAAAAGCGUAGUCAUGGCAGUAGCAGUACCACCAGCAAGACCAUGAGUUACGUGCCCAGCUCCGCGUCUGCUCGCACUUACGGUACCAUCGCGGACUUGGGGACCGACCCACUGCUCGAGACAAGAGCCGCUGCUAGUGCAUUAGUAGGUCCAAUACCUACUGUACCCGUCAUGACAAAGAAGGCUGAACGAGACGGCAAGAAUAUCUGGGACGAGUAUUAUCCACUCGUGCAGCCAGCGCAUCAGUACCAUCAUCGGAAUGACCGAGGUUCAUCCAAUUACUUUUUCCAUGGAAUGUUCUCAGCUGAUGUCAUGUGGGCCUAUCGUGACGCUGUCAUUGCCUAUUUGGUAGCUCUUUAUUCAAUGGUGGUACUUUCACUCACUGGUCUGGUAUUCUGUAAGCAAUGGGGGAUCUUACCUAACACGGCUAUCGUGUUUGGCUUCCGCUUUCUGUGGUUCAUAAGUCCAGCUGUUGCAUCUCUUGCUCUGCGCAAUAUUGCAAAGUUGAGACUCCAGGCAUGCAAUACACCACCACAUUGGAACAUUCCGCCUCUGUGUCAUUUGUUCAGAAGCUCCCACUCGUCAAGAUCCACACUUCGGCUUGCACUCUUGAGCUAUGCAGUUCCAGUGCUGUGUGAAUUAGCGGCAUUUUCGCUUACUGCUGCAGCCAGGAUGGUCAACCCAUUCAAUCGCACCUUUGUUCGAAAACUGGAGAUGGUAUUCAGCUUCAAUGACGUCGAAGCACUGGACUCUGGGCUGGUGUUUUACGUGUUUUACAUCAGCCUUUUUGGAAUUUUUUGGGAUCCAGUGCCGCCACAGCGAUACGACGUUGGGCUAUCGAUGGGAAUCCGACCUUGUGGUACAAGUUGGUUUGUCUUUGCAAUGAUCCAGGAGAUUGGAUGGAGUGGAUCCUUGUUUCCAGCGCUAGAGAUUGUAUUUAGCCACUCGACCAUCCUUGCGUCGGCUAUUACUGGGUGCAUCUGGGCACUAUGGCACUGGCCAAUGAUUAUUGCCGACGCACUGGAUGUAGUGCCCAAGGGCUCUGGCUACUCAGUUGCUGAAACGCGCGAUUUUCACCUUCUCUAUGUGAUGGCGGUAUUUACACUGCUUCUCGUUGGUUCUCGAAUCAUAAUGUGCUGGAUACAAGGCAACUCCAGCUACGUCAUUUGGUCAAGUGUUGUCUACCACGCCACUCACAACCUAUUCAUCACGUCCGUAUUUGGACAGCUAACUGCUCCUCUCUAUGAUAAGGCUCAACUUUUCAGUUUCUUCAGCUCGGAGUCAUCAAUCUGUCUACUUGUGACCGUGUGGUUUUCCACGUGCAUCCUCUCACAGAUGUUUCGAUGGACAAAUCUCAUGCCAAUGUUACGUCGAGCGAACUCAAGGGCUACACGUGCACUUGCAGCGUAA